UUCGCGCUGUAGCGGAGAUUCUGUUUGCCAGAUUAGCUUCUUUUCUGUGGAUUGUUUUUGUUUUUUUUUAUUUAAUACUGCACUAUACUAUACUUUUCUUGUGGGUAAUACACAAAAACAAAUAUAUUUGCGUAUCUGGAGGUUUUUGGACUCGGCUAUCGCGCUGUGUGUAGGAUGUAAUUUGAGUUAGAAAGCGUCGAUAAAGUGGGUCGAGUCCUAAAUAGCGCCUGUUUAGACGGGUAGCGCACUAGGUAGGGCGCGGACGCCAUCUUGUCUAAGGCAUCUUUAUAGGGAGUUGGCGGCGAUUUGGAAUUCGGCCCGGAGUGUUUACUAGUACUAGCUCGUUUGUGAAGGUGUUUAAGGGCUUUCUAUCGUCACAAAUAUCAGAAACUUCACCCAGAAAUGGACCUGAGGGAUUUUGAGGAGGAUAAUUCAAUCAGUUGUAGGUUGUCCUCUCCUGUCCCUGAGCUGUGCAGGACUGAAGACUGCUGUCUGGGAAUCGACGAGGCAGGCAGAGGACCUGUCCUGGGUCCUAUGGUGUAUGGAAUCUGUUACUGUCCUGUGUCCAAAAAGGACGACCUGAAGAACCUGAAAGUCGCAGAUUCGAAGACUCUGAGCGAGGCAGAGAGAGAGAAUCUGUUCAUGAAGCUGGACGAGGCCAAGACUUUUGUAGGCUGGGCUCUUCAGAUCCUCUCACCCAAUACCAUCUCCACCAGCAUGUUACAGAGGGCGAAGUAUAAUUUAAACGCUCUGUCUCACGAUGCUGCAAUCGGGCUGGUGCAGUACGCUCUGGACAGCGGCGUGCAGCUCAAAGAGGUGUUUGUGGAUACGGUGGGCCCGGCGGAGAAGUAUGAGGAGAAGCUGUCUCAGCGCUUUCCCGGUGUGAAGGUGACCGUCCGGCCCAAAGCUGACUCGCUCUUUCCCAUUGUCAGCGCCGCCAGCAUCUGCGCCAAGGUGGCUCGAGACCACGCAGUGAAAGGCUGGAAGUUUGCAGAAGAUCUAGGAGACGUGGACACCGAUUACGGCUCGGGAUACCCCAACGAUCCAAAGACUAAGAGCUGGCUGUUGAAGUAUCUGGACCCGGUGUUCGGUUACCCUCAGUUUGUGCGCUUCAGCUGGAGCACAGCACAGACUCUGCUGGACAACAAAGCGGUCCCAGUGCACUGGGAUGAUGACGAGGAAGAUGGAGAGAAAGCAGCAGCUCGAAAGAACAACACGUCCAUGUUGUCGUACUUCAGCCACAGCAAACCUGCCAACAACUCACACAUACGAGACACACACCGCUUCUUCACCGAGCGCAGAUUACAGAGCAUUGAUACACUCUGAACACGCAGACGCACUGUGCAGUAACACACGCAUUGUUGACCUUACAGUCAAGAUCUUCUGCAGAUGUUUCUGUUUGUAUUCUUUACUACAAACUUCUUAAUAUUCAAAUAAUAAAAUAUGUAUUUUUUAACAUUA